AUGACAAAACCAAAACGAAAGAGUGGUGGUAACGGGUACUCAAAAAUAGUACGUGCACCGGCCUAUACUUUCGGCCAUAUAACGCCAGUCAACUUUCAGAAGUCACUCUUAACACCCAAAGCUCCCGUUUUAGAUAUAUCUGGGCAUAGCAAGAAAGGUCCCUAUAGAAUCCGCCACGGCGUCGUUUCACCGAGACUAGAACCUAUAUCAGAUAAGGGCAAAGCACCCGGACCAGACAGAUAUGCACCAAAGACCCAAGUGGCUUACAAGAGACCUCCAGCGUACACCAUGAGACCUGCUGCGAAGCCACCAUAUCAAGCGUGGGAUAUGUGGACUCCACCGCCCAAUAUGUACUGCCCAACGAUGCCAUUUAAAAAACCACCAGCGUACACACUGGGCUGUGCAGCGCGCGAACUCACAACACAAUAUCAACCGGGCCCCGGGGAGCACGAUCCCAACUUUAACUUUGUGAAGCGAACUAAGCCCGCAUAUUCCUUUGGUGAACCCUUCAAACGCGAAAAGGCCGAAAAGACGCCUUCGCCGAACACAUAUUGCGAGAAGAAGUUUAUGUACUCGAAGCGUACAAACCCCGCCCCAUCUUUCGGUAUUCGCCAUUCACCUUAUUUGGGCAAACAGGAAGAAAUGCUGAAACCUUCAAAUUUAAGCAUUGUCAUCAGUGGCGAAGAAUGA